AUGAGACUUCAGCAGGGAAGUGAUAAUACAAGUUCUAAGGAAUUAGCGGAGUUCUCAAAAUGGAUUUUAAAUGUCGGUGAUGGUAAGAUAUCUGAACCAAAUGAUGGAUUGGUGGACAUAGAGAUUCCUCAAGAUUUAUUGAUUACAAAUUAUGAAGAUCCUAUCAAAGCUAUUGUUGAAAAUACAUAUCCCAAUUUGGUUAAUGUAUUCCAAGAUGUUGCAUAUCUACAAGGAAAAGCAAUUCUUGCCUCAACCAUUGAAGUUGUGGAUAAGAUCAAUCAUUAUGUAUUGGACCUUAUACCAGGUGAAGAGAAAGAGUAUCUUAGUUACGAUUCAAUUGAUAGAACUGAUACGAGUUAUACCGAAGCUUAUGAAGUGCUAACUCCAGAAUUUCUUAGCAAAUUAAGAACAUCAGGUUUACCAAAUCAUAGAAUCAAAUUGAAAGUUGGUACUCCCAUUAUGCUUAUGAGAAAUUUGGACCAAUCAGAUGGAUUGUGUAAUGGAACAAGAUUGAUUGUCACAAGAUUGGCUAAUCAUGUCAUUGAGGCAAAAAUUAUUUCUGGCAAGAACAUAGGUAACCUUUUUUACAUUCCUCGAAUGUCUAUGCCACCUUCAGAGUCACCGUGGCCAUUUAAGUUAAUUAGGAGACAAUUUCCAAUUAUUGUCUCUUACGCAAUGACAAUUAAUAAGUCUCAAGGCCAGUCUCUUGAUAGUGUUGGUUUGUAUUUGCCUUCUCCCGUGUUUAGUCAUGGACAACUUUAUGUUGCAAUCUCAAGAGUUACUACAAAAAGUGGUCUUAAAAUCUUAAUACACGACAAAGAGAAUGUUCCGUGCUCCACUACCACAAAUGUUGUAUACAAGGAGGUAUACGAUGCAUGUUGUUGGCUGGUUGCAAUCAUACAAGAAGAUAGCAUCUGA